AUGGGUGUCCACGACUUUGAGGCCGAGGACCAGAAGUAUCUGGACGAGGUCAAUGCCGUUAAGCAAUGGUGGACUGAUUCGCGAUGGAGAUACACCAAGCGCCCCUUCACUGCCGAGCAGAUUGUUGCGAAGCGCGGCACAUUGAAGGUGGAAUAUCCAUCCAACACACAAUCCAAGAAGCUGUGGAAGCUUGUCGAAGAACGAUGGAGCAACAAGAGCGCUAGUUAUACUUAUGGAUGUCUCGAACCGACAAUGCUCACCCAGAUGAUCAAGUACCUUGACACAAUCUAUGUCUCCGGCUGGCAAAGCUCCUCCACCGCUUCCUCGACUGACGAACCCUCGCCUGAUCUUGCCGAUUACCCUAUGAACACUGUGCCGAACAAGGUCAACCAGCUUUUCAUGGCUCAGCUUUUCCACGACCGAAAACAGCGUGAGGAGCGUGUCACAACCCCUAAAGAGAAGCGCGGCCAGGUCCAGAACUACGAUUAUCUCCGCCCAAUCAUUGCCGAUGCAGACACUGGUCAUGGUGGUCUGACUGCCGUCAUGAAGCUCACAAAACUCUUCGUCGAACGCGGUGCUGCCGGUAUCCAUAUCGAGGAUCAGGCCCCAGGCACCAAGAAAUGCGGUCAUAUGGCUGGUAAAGUGCUUGUGCCCAUCAGCGAGCACAUCAACCGACUGGUUGCCAUCCGUGCCCAGGCCGAUAUCAUGGGCGUCGACCUCCUCGCCAUCGCCCGAACCGACUCCGAAGCCGCCACCCUGAUCACCUCCACCAUCGAUUACCGGGAUCACGCAUACGUCGUUGGCGCCACCAACCCCAGCCUCAAGCCUCUCAAUGACCUCAUGGUUGCCGCCGAGCUCUCCGGUAAGACUGGAGACCAACUCCAAGCCAUUGAAGACCAGUGGAUCGCCCAGGCCGGCCUGAAGAAAUUCGAAGACGCCGUCAUCGACACCAUCAACGCCGGCGCGUUUGCCAACAAGUCGCAACUCGUCAACCAGUACCUGAAAUCCGCCAAGGGCAAGAGCAACACCGAAGCUCGCGCUAUCGCCAAGGGCAUCACGGGCGUGGACAUCUUCUGGGACUGGGAUUCCCCUCGUACCCGUGAGGGUUACUACCGCUACGAGGGCGGUACGCAAUGCGCUGUCAACCGCGCCGUCGCAUACGCGCCUUUCGCCGAUUUGAUUUGGAUGGAGAGCAAGCUUCCAGACUACAAGCAAGCGAAGGAGUUCGCUGAUGGCGUGCACGCUCGCUGGCCUGAGCAAAAAUUGGCAUACAACUUAUCCCCCUCUUUCAACUGGAAGUCCGCCAUGUCCCAGGACGAGCAGCUGAGCUACAUCGACCGCCUCGCCAAGCUCGGAUACGUCUGGCAGUUCAUCACGCUGGCAGGUCUGCAUACCACCGGUCUGAUCACCGACCAAUUCGCCUCGGCGUUCGCCAAGCAGGGCAUGCGCGCCUAUGGUGAGCUCGUGCAGGAGCCUGAGAUGGAGCGCAAGGUUGAUAUCGUUACUCACCAGAAGUGGAGUGGCGCCAACCUCAUUGACCACAGUCUUGCGAUGGUGACUGGCGGUAUUAGCAGUACAGCUGCUAUGGGUAAGGGUGUGACAGAAGAUCAAUUCAAGUCUUAG